GUUACUGAAGGGCGUUAGCGUACAGUUAGAUUUCUCCAUGUCGCUAAAGCCUGUAAGGCCGACGGUCUUUGCUAGUACCUCGUCGGUGGCAUAGUGCUCUAUUUCGAGUUGGCUUCGUUUUUUCGUGUUAAAACAACAAUAAAUCAACAAUUAUUAUUUCGUGUUAAAACAAUUAUCAAAACAUGACUAAAUUGAGAAAGUCCAUGGAGAACGGCGAUUCCCGUGGUGCCCAUGGGCAAGCCUACAAAGACAAGAGUAAACCUACAGACAUUCGUAGCAGCAAUAUUAAUGCCGCUAAAGCUGUUAGUGAUGCAAUACGUACAAGUCUUGGACCUAGAGGAAUGGAUAAAAUGAUUCAAUCUGGUAAUGGGGAAGUCACUAUCACAAAUGAUGGUGCAACUAUUCUAAAAGAAAUGAAUGUGGUGCAUCCUGCUGCAAAAAUGCUCGUUGAGUUAUCCAAGGCACAGGAUGUAGAGGCUGGUGAUGGUACAACAAGUGUCGUUGUGAUAGCUGGCGCACUUUUGGAACAAGUUGAACGUUUGUUACAAAAAGGAAUUCACCCUACUUUGAUUAGCGAUGCAUUUCGCAAAGCAGAUGUCAAAGCAGUUUCAAUCCUAAAACUUAUGUCAAUACCUGUUGAUUUAACAGACAAAGAAUCUCUGGUAAAAGUUGCAGCUACAUCACUUAACUCUAAGGUUGUACAUCAACAAUCUAGUCUCCUUGCACCACUUGCUGUAGAUGCAGUAUUAAAAGUUACCGAGGAAGGAAAGGAAAGCUCGGUUGAUUUACAUGAUAUUAAAGUAAUAAAAAAGAUAGGAGGUACUGUUGAGGACACCGAAUUAGUAGAAGGAUUGAUAUUUACUCAGAAAUCUUGCAACGUCAAUGGUCCAAAACGUAUUGAGAAAGCUAAGAUCGGAUUAAUACAAUUUUGUAUUUCGCCGCCCAAGACCGACAUGGAUCAUAAUGUUAUUGUGUCGGACUACUCAGCAAUGGAUCGUGUCUUAAAAGAAGAACGUGCUUAUAUAUUGAACAUUGUAAAGCAAAUUAAGAAAACUGGUUGCAAUGUUCUCCUUGUACAGAAGUCCAUUUUGCGCGACGCCGUCAGUGAUCUUGCGAUACAUUUCUUAGACAAAAUCAAAGUCAUGGUUAUUAAAGAUAUCGAACGCGAAGAUAUUCCUUUUGUAUGCAAAACGCUUGGUUGUAGGCCAAUUGCAUCGUUAGAUCACUUUGUGCCAGAAAACCUUGUUAACGCUGAUCUUUGUGAAGAGAUUCAAACGGGCAACUCGAAAUUUGUUAAGGUCACAGGAAUUCAAAACUAUGGGAAAACCGUAACGGUUCUUGUACGUGGUAGCAAUAAAUUAGUCUUGGAAGAAGCAGAGAGAUCAUUGCAUGACGCAUUGUGCGUCAUUCGGUGCUUAGUGAAGCAGAGAGCGCUCAUCGCUGGUGGUGGAGCACCGGAGAUUGAAUUGGCAUUAAAACUGGGAGAGUACGCGGUCACCUUAGGUGGAGUUGAUGCAUAUUGUGUUAAAGCGUUCGCAAAUGCUCUUGAAGUGAUUCCAUCGACGUUAGCUGAGAACGCAGGCUUAAAUCCUAUAGCUACAGUAACCGAACUUCGCAAUCGACACGCUCAAGGUGAAGUGACAGCGGGUAUUAACGUUCGUAAAGGCGCUAUUACUAACAUACUGGAGGAAAACGUGAUCCAACCGUUGCUGGUUUCUACUAGUUCAAUAACAUUAGCUUCUGAAACCGUGUGCAGUAUACUGAAAAUUGAUGACAUCGUCAAUACGAAUCAAUAAGUUCUAUAACACAAUAUAAACUUGAUUCCAUAUUUCUAUAAUGCAGUAAGUGCGAUUGUUUAAAAAUGCCUGGGUACUCCGUAUGCUUCGACUUUCCGUCGCCAUUAUAAUUACAGUGCUUUUUUAUUGCAGAUCGAUGCACAUUUUCAUCACGUUUAAUUCGUUAGAAAAGCUUAUUCAUUAAUAAUUAAAAAUUGUGCUGUAUGAAUAUUUUACUUGAUGUAACAUUUUUGAACACAAAAUGGAAAUAAAGUGUAAACUUAUUUA